AUCAGGCCAGGGCAAAUAAGGUCAUUCCUCCCUUGUUCUGUCAGCUGAGCAGAGAUUAUUUGGUCGAACUUCAAGAAUAAAAAGCUGUCAACUGGGAAUCAAUCGCAUUAAAUUUCAUAUCUAUUCGUGGAAGGAACUAUUUUUUGAAGAUGCGAGAUAAGAAGAAAACCAUCGUAGUCACUGGCUUCGGCCCUUUUGGUGAGCAUGAGGUGAAUGCAAGCUGGGUGGCAGUCCAAGAGCUGGAACGACUCGGCUUGAAAGAGGAUGUAGAACUUGUGGUCAAGGAGCUACCGGUCAUCUACGACUCGGUGGCCAUCACUGUGCCGGCUCUAUGGAAGGAAUACAACCCAGUGUUGAUGGUACACGUUGGAGUGUCUAGUGUUGCGUCAGAGCUGACUUUGGAGCAACAAGGUCACAACAAAGGCUAUAACAAGCCAGAUGUCACCAGCAAGUUUCCAGAAACCAAGGAUUUUAACUGCAUCAUCGGUGGACCAGACUGUAUCCUGAGCCACAUCAACAUGGCCGUGGCCUCUGAUAAGCUGAACAGGACAGAGAACUGCCCUGUCAAGGCUGUCGUAUCCUACAACGCUGGAAGAUACCUGUGUGGAUAUUGCUACUACCUAUCGCUACACCAGUCUUCGGACAGCUCUGUUUUUAUACACGUGCCCCCUCUAAACCAGCCCUACUCCGGCCGCGAGCUGGCGGAGGGUCUACGCACCGCCCUUCUCUUUAUGCUGCAACAGAUAGAUGAGAGGACUGCUAAAUCGUGACGUUAUAUCCCGCAGGCAAGCAUCAUCUAGGUCUUAGUUAGUCAAUAGCCUUUUUUUUAAAUAGCUCGAAAUAUCCUCUCGUGUAGGCCCUAUGAAAUAUCCUUCAUGUAAUUUUUGUUGUUGUUUCCCUCCCUAAUUUUGCCUACGUACAUGUAGAGUCGGUACAUCAAUAUUAUUCAUGUAGGUGAAUGAUGUAGGUAUGUUAUAAAAAAAAUCAAAUCUCAGAAUUCAAGCUCUUGCUUUUGCCAUCAAACAGAGCUUGAUAAGACCUUUUAUUUGAUGCCUCAUUCAUCCUAAUAGCCCCAGUAAUGAGAAAGUUAUGCCAAUUUGAAACGCCCAGAAAUCAUGUAUUUAAUUGCUUUGUUUUUAAAACAAAACUUGUGAUCUCAAAUGUGACCGAAAGAUUCUUUUUCAUUACAAAAAAUGUAGGUAAAUAUGCGAAAACCGCUAUUAAAUUGGGCCGUCAUUUUUGCAUGACAUUUCACAUUUCUCAUCCAAAAAACAUAUUUCUUAACCAUAGAUUUUGCUGAAAUUUCACCUAAAGCAAACCAAUCAUCCUAGAUACAUUUUUUCUUAUCCUGAAUGCGGGAUCAGGGUACAGAAUGGCACUAAACGUGGCUCUUGUGAAACAGUGCAGCGAAACAAACUGCCGAAAACAUAAAUCAUAGAAAGUUUAGUAUGAAAUGAAAGAUGACAAUGUCAUUCUUCUCAUCCCAUAGAAAUCAUGAAACAAAAAUCCAAUCAGCCCAUCAAAAGAUCACAUUUGCGUAGGCUAUCCAAAUGGUCUCCAAUAGUGCAUAACAGCCCCAUGGCAGACACCUUCAUGGCGAAAGCGCACAUAUUGUAACGUACCGACAUGAUGUGGCUGUACCAUUUGUUAUGUUUAGGCAUUUUUUACCCAAGUCUCAUAAUUUCUUUUAAAGACAAUCGUGUGACUUAAUAUACAUGUAUGGUGUUGUGAUAUAUAACUUUCUGAACUUCUAUGCUAUGCAUUCUCUAAGUAUAUUCCUGGAUUUAUGACUCUACUACAGAUGACUGAUUGUGGACAGUGUAGAUACAAUAGUAGCAAUCUUGUUAAUGGGUGAGCUUGUAGAUGGAGUACUAGCUUACAUCUGUGGCAAAAUUGUUUCAGUCUUUGAAAUACAUGUUGUGAUUAUAGUAGAGAAACUUACAUGUAUAUUUAAUGCUAUGUCUAUGAAACAAUAAAGUCUAUGAAAUAUGGGAUGCUAACUUAACACACUUUAAUGUUCACUGUAGCUGUUACAGUAUAGGAGAGUCGUCAUGUUUGGAAGACAAAGAUCUAGUACAGCUUAGAGACAUCGUAGAUGUAUUUAAAAGCGCUAUAUAAAAGCGGAAUAUUAUAUUAUUACAGGCGUACAUAACACAUUCGUAAUCUUGACUAUUUGAAGAA